CGCGCGCGCUCUACAGCCAGCGCGCGGUGUACCGGCGACGUAACCGCGUAAGAUGACCAACAAGGUGCAGUGACUGAACAACUCCGUGCUUUCUUCUUGUUAUUUUUUUGGACGUUCCGCCAUGUUUCCGGGUUUUAUUUCAAUUUUGCGUGUUUUAAUGAGUCGUCCGAGGGAAACAUGGUUACAUUAUCGCCAUGGCAACCGUCGGUAACGCGUCACGUUAGUGACUGAACCGUUUCUGUUCCUCAAGCGGCGGUUUGUAACCGAUCACCGUGUAACACGUUAUUACCGAGUAACCGAUCACCGUGUAACACGUUAUUACCGUGUAACACGUUAUUACCAAGUAACUGAUCACCGUGUAACACGUUAUUACCGUGUAACACGUUAUUACCGAGUAACCGAUCACCGUGUAACACGUUAUUAACGAGGUUUAGUAGCGACUCGGACAUGGAGGCGGUGAUGGAGAGAGAGUGCAGCGCGUUAGGAGGUCUGUUCCAAACAGUCAUCACCGACAUGAAGGGCAGCUACCCGGUGUGGGAGGAUUUCAUCAGCAAGGCUGGAAAGUUGCAGGCGCAGCUCAGGGCUACGGUUGUGGCAGUCUCCGCGUUCCUCGAUGCCUUUCAGAAGGUCGCAGACUUAGCCACAGGCAGCAGAGGUGCGACCCGGGACAUCGGUUCAGCUCUGACCAGGAUGUGUAUGAGACACCGCAGCAUUGAGGCCAAAAUCAGACAGUUUUCAAUGGUGUUUGUGGAUUCACUGAUUAACCCUCUGCAAGAGCAGAUGGAGGAGUGGAAGAGAGUCACCAACACUAUGGAUAAGGACCAUGCCAAAGAAUACAAACGAGCGCGGCAAGAGAUCAAGAAGAAAUCCUCAGAUACGCUUAAACUGCAAAAGAAAGCAAAGAAAGGGCGUGGGGAUCUCCAGCCUCAGGUGGACAACGCUCUGCAAGGGGUGAGUGAUAAGUACGUGUCGCUGCAGGAGACGGAAAGACAGGCAGUGAGGAAAGCUCUGAUUGAAGAAAGAGCACGAUUCUGCAUGUUCGUCUCCAUGCUCCGACCCGCCAUAGAAGAGGAAGUUUGUAUGUUGGGUGAGAUCACACACCUGCAGUCGAUCUCUGAUGAUCUGAGGUCUUUGACUAUGGACCCUCAUAAGCUGCCUCCCUCCAGCGAACAGGUGAUCGCUGAUCUGAAAGGCUCCGAGUGUAGCUGGUCAUAUCAGACUCCACCCUCUUCUCCCAGCACCACCUCCAGGAAGUCCAGCAUGUGUAGUAGUCUGAACAGUGUGAACAGCAGUGACUCUCGUUCGAGCAGCUCUCAUUCUCACUCUCCCACAUCACAUUUCCGUUACCGAGGCUCCGCCCUCCCACAGCAAGGCUCCGUCCGCCUUCCCAGCGUCUCCUCUCACGACUCGGGCUUCACCUCUCAGGACACCUGUCAGUCCAAAAGUCCCUCCCCCAUGCCUCCAGACGGGAGCGUACAGUGCUCUGACUCGUCCUGCUGCGAUGAGUCAGCUCAGCCAAUCACAGACAGCCGCACUACCACAUUACCUGACUCCAACACCAACACAGAAGACAAGUUGCUAAACGGCAGCACGUCACCAUUUAAUUCAGUGGACCCUUCCUUCUUCAUCAUCCCAUCAUCUCCACCUUUCGUAUCACACCCCCCCAGCCCUGUGUGGGCGUGGUCUCCGCCUGGCCCCACCCCAGGGGUGGAUUUGGAGCCGUGUUUUCCUGUGGGACCCGGUACAUUUCCCCCCUUACACAGAGUCCCCAGCUGGAAGGACUGGGCCCGGCCGGGUCCAUACGACCAGCCCAUGGUGAACACCCUUCGGAGGGUGAGGGAGAGAGUGAGAGAGAACAGCGAGUGCAGCAGCUCCAGAGACGAAGCUCACAAAGUCAGCCCCAACUCCAGCACUCACACUAAACCCAGAGACGAAGCUCAUGAGGAGCUGGCUGUGUGUCUGUCUCGUGGUCUAUCGUUAGAUUUACCACGCAGCAGCCGGGAGUCUGUUCAGGGUUCCAGCGGCUACAGCACACAGACCAACACCCCCUGCUGCAGCGAGGACACCUACAUAUUUGAUUAUGAGUGCUUGCCAGGGGGCGGAGACCAAGACGGGGAGUCGCAGGAUUGCGAUGGGCCCACCCCACUGAUUCAGAGCACGGAUGUCAGCCAUUCAUAUCGCAGGACUUUACCCGCUAAGCGCUCUUCUCCCUGUGGGCCUUUUAGCAUCACACCAGGCGUGGCCACCAUCCGGCGUGCGCCCACCUCGAAGCCGAGCCUGUGGCGCGGGCCGAGUGUUCAUGGUCCGAUCCCCAUCAAGACCCCUGUCAUUCCUGUUAAGACACCCACCGUGCCCACACCGUUCUGCAGCGAGGACCAAGAAAUCCCCAGCGAUCCCUCGCCAUCACCCACACAGCUAACACCCAACUCCGUCAGCCAAUCAGAUACUCUGGCAGAGCAGGAAGAAGUGGGGCCAGACGAGCAGGAAGGCAGCAUGCUGUCCUCUAUUCGGCGAGGGGUGAGCCUCAAAAAAGCCACGACCAACGACAGAUCCGCUCCGGUUCUCGAAUAAAGAGCACCGCCUCCUUCUUCUCCGCCUUCUCCUGCUCGACCAAUCAGAACUCAGACGUAGUUGACAUGGUGGGGAUGUUUAGCAACCGUGCUAAUGUUGUCACGUUUAGGAUGGGUAAAGUAGUACAUACAGUAUGUUUCACAGUGAUUGAAUAUAUACACAAACAUAAAUGACGAGGUGUUAAUGUUAUAAUCUAUUACACAACAGCGAUAUUUAGUGGCUUUGUACAUACAGAUACAGAAUCAGAUCUGAUCUGAAGCGAUUGCAGCCCAUCCUCCUCUAGGUGCCAGAACUUUGUGCCUCAUAUCGUAUCUCCUUUUAUCUUACUCCAAUCAGGAAUCGCAGAACCGCAAUCAGAGCCACGCUGGACGUUUACUCGUGUGCAUUUUGUACAUUAUAUUGACGAUCGAAACUGCAGCACUUCCUGAAGAAAAAUCUCUAUGUUUAUUAUAAACGUUCUCACAAAGAAGGACCCGGUACAAUUUCCAGCUGUUAGGGGACACAUGAUAUCAACUCUGGUGUGUAGAUUUUCCAGUGUUUGGGUGUUUGGUGUCAGCAUGUCGUUCUGGCUGAGAUCCACCCUGAUGUUCUUGUGCAUGCAGCCACUUUUACUGAAUGAAUCAAAUUCCUUUAAACGCCUGAACGACGUCAUUCCCGAAAUCCUUGCUGUGAGAAACCAGGAAAGCUUUCACACACACUCAAAUCUGUCUCAGUUACGUUACAAAGGACGUGCAGUGACAUGCCGUUAUAUUCUCCACUAACAGCACACCUUAAAGUCUUUUAUUCCUCUUACACCACAAGCCGAUUAUUUUUUUUUAUUACUAAUUUACUUUUUAAUGCCAUUCAUCACUUUCAUAUAAAUACCAGCCUUCCCCCCCCCCCUCUUUUCUACACAAUAAAACGCAACUCGCGUCACAGAGAAACCACAAACUCCUCUAUCCUUAAAAAAAAAAAAUCACUUUACCUCCGACUGUUGCAGCUUCUCUCUCUUUCACCACUGGAGACUCCUUGUAUAAAGGUUUACAAACGUCUCACAGUAAAGGUAUGGGCGAUUGUACACGUUUUUUAAUCCAUCCACAAACAUCCCUGUUACCAUAGAAACCCUAACACUCUCCUCCACUCUUCACUCCGUGAAGGCUUUCCUCCAGAUAUCCGAGCGUAGCUGUUGGGAUUAGUGUUUAUUCAGCUACAAGAUCAUUACUGAGAUCAGACUCUGAUGUCGGGAUGUUGACGAGGCUCCACUCCCAGUUCAUUCCAAAGGUGUCAGGAGUCAAGGCUCUGUGCAGGACACUCCAGAUAUUCCACUCUAACCUUCACCUCCACACCAGGACUUCAUGGAGCUGCUUUGGUCAUGUUGGUUCCAGUGAAGGAAAACUGUAAAGCUACGGCGUACAAAAGACAUCCUGUACAGUUGUAUGCUUCAGACUUCAAAGUUUAUAAGGUAAAGGUUAGGAGAAGAGCCACAUGUAGGUGAGGGGCGACAGUCAGGGUGCACAUACUAUUGAGCGUACGGUGAAGAUCAGUGUUAGUAUAACAUUAGACACACUUCACCUGUAUGUGAGUCAGUGCACUUGUCUUUAAUAACCAUUUGGGGUUUGAUCUUUAGCACUGGAUAGAACAAUAGAUCUGUUUGCUACCAAACACCAAAACCUGAACAACUCAUAACAUCCUUUAAUAAACAGUUUGAGGAGCUGUCAGAAAGAUCCAUCUUAAUAACCGGAUUGAGCUGGAAAUGUCUCAGUGACAGACCGAGGUAAAGCUGCUAUACAUCUCUCUCUCUCUUUCUCACUCACACUCUCACACACACUCUCACUUACACACACUCUCUGUCACUCACACAUACAUUCACACACACCAUUUUUACUCACACACAGACACUCACUCACAUUUUUACUCACACACACAUGCUACUUCAAGAUCAAGUAGGACAGAGAGAGGUUUUACACAACAGGUUUUUAUUUUUUUUCUUUAAACAAAUCGUUAUUGCCGUGGUCCGCUCUCAGUGUAUUGACGUUUACGUUCUUCAUGUGUAUUGUAUCUUUAAAUGCAUUGCAAAUCCAAGUGCAAGUAAAAGAGAAGAUUUUUGGCUGUAAACAAAAAUCCGGCACAAAAAAGCUAACGAAGCUAACAAGUAAUAAAAUCUUAUAGCCACCGGUUUAGCGGCCUAAAAUCGUAUUAAAUUUUCAUUCAUUCGUAAGCAGUGUUAUUAAAAAUCUGUAUCAUAUUCAUGUGAUACAGAUCAGGUGAGGAUGCAGAGUGUAGGCCACACCCCUUACCUGAGCAAGCCAAUUAGCUUGCGUGACGCUAAAUUGGAGGCCUUUGAUUUUUAGCCACGUUAGCCUAAACGUCAGACACGGAACAUGUCUCGUCUGAUCAGUUACAUUUGAAACUUGUGUACGUUUCAUUUCUGGCUGAAAUGUUUCUCUGAAUGUAAAGUAGAAAUCUUUAAUCUCCGGAUCAGAGUUCGUCGUCUUCUCGCUGCCACGUGUGUAAUAAAAGCUCAGUGUUCUCUCUGCUCUAUUACUUCAGGUCUGGGUGAUGCUCAGGCUGAAAGGGUCUAGAAUGUUCUACUUAGCUGAUGCCUUAUGCAUAUGAUGCUGAACAUUGUGUGUGUUUAUAAAAUUACUAUCUGCAGAUAUCUCGUUCCUGAACAGUAAGGUAGCUGCUCCAUGACACACGUGGCUCACGUUUCUGAAUGUAACAACGAGUUUAGUAGCGGUUUGGACAAAGACUGCUUUUUCUGAUACAGAGUGCAUCAGUUCUGGAGUUUGGUUCAUGUUUCCAACUACUGUUUUAGCUAAUAAAAUAUUAACGCUAACGUGUCCCACA